CCUUCCCCUUGCCUCCAGGAGUUUACGCCGUCCAUGAAAUGCAAAAUGCAGAUUCCCUCUCAGGUCUCUUCUGCUUCUCCCUUUUCAGUUUCUUCUUUUGCGGAUGGCUCUCGAGUCUCUCCCCUCCCUCGGUGCGUUGGUACGAGCCGAAGCCAAGGGGCCCGGGCAGGAAAAGGAAGCAGGCCGGCCUUAAAGGGACCUCAGCCAUUAUUUAUUUAAUUUAUUUAUUUAUAUUUAAAAGCCGCUCUCUUCUUCCUCCGAUGUUCUUAACGUCCCCGACGGAAGGAUAGGACCCGGGAGCCAGGCGCAGCCGGAGCUGCGGGACCCGUUGCUGGAGACAGCAGCUCUUGCCCAUCGGAAGGCCAGGUGUGCGUGAGCUGUGCCCAGGGGUGUCCCGCGCCCCGGUGCCCUGCGGGCUCUAACAGCUGGGAUCGCCCGGGAGAACUGGGCCCAGGGCUCAGGUGGAGCUGCCGAUGCCCCGGGCUGAAAGGUGAGACCACGCUGGUGAGGCUGGGACAAGACCUUGCACCUCCAGACCUGGGCCGAGACCACAAGGGGAGCCGCCAAGAUGCCAGAGGAAAAUAUCUUCCUGUUCGUGCCUAAUCUUAUUGGUUAUGCCCGGAUUGUUUUCGCCAUCAUUUCCUUCUACUUUAUGCCCUGCUGCCCCUUCACGGCCUCCUCCUUCUAUCUACUCAGCGGACUUCUAGACGCUUUCGAUGGACACGCAGCUCGAGCCCUUAAUCAAGGAACCCGAUUUGGGGCCAUGCUCGACAUGCUGACGGACCGUUGCGCCACCAUGUGUCUCUUGGUCAACCUGGCCCUGCUCUACCCUCGGGCCACUCUUCUGUUCCAGCUCAGCAUGAGCCUGGACGUGGCCAGUCACUGGCUGCAUCUGCACAGUUCUGUGGUGCGAGGCAGUGAGAGCCACAAGAUGAUUGACCUGUCUGGGAACCCUGUGCUUCGCAUCUACUAUACUUCCAGGCCUGCUCUGUUCACCCUGUGUGCUGGAAAUGAACUCUUCUAUUGCCUCCUGUACCUGUUCAAUUUCUCCGAGGGACCACUAGUCGGCUCUGUGGGGCUUUUCCGAAUGGGCCUCUGGAUCACAGCUCCCAUUGCCCUGCUCAAGUCCAUCAUUAGUGUCAUCCACCUCGUCACGGCUGCAAGGAACAUGGCUGCCCUCGAUGCAGCAGACCGCGCCAAGAAGAAAUGAUCCUCUCCCAUCCCCAGCUGCCCACCUGCCCUGGGUAUCUACUGUGCCACAUGGCUCCUCUCCUCCUAAGAGGUCCCAGUGUCAUGUCUUUCUCAUGUGUUCUCUAACCUGCUGGGAUUGGGGGUCACCCUCUGUUUGGUGUUGUCACUGUCUCUUUACUCCUGAUAACUAGACCCAACCCGUGACCCCAAGGACCUGGCACUGCAAAGCAGGAAGGGUGCUCAGGAGGCCCACUCAUCCAGCCGGUGCUCCAGGAGACCCACCCAUCCAGCCGGUGCUCCAGGAGGCCUGUCUGAAGACUGGGUGUUGCCACAUAUCCUGCUGGAUCAGCCUGGGGUCUGGCCUGAGACUUUGGGAACUUAUACGGGCAAAGGAGUCAGGCUGAUGGGCCAAGAAGCCUGGGGUACCAGGCCAGGGAGGGAAGGGGCCAAGGGCCAACUAGAUCCUUCCCUGAGGCAAGCUCCUCUAUUCUGUCCUGCUCUGGAAUCCUCCAUAAUAAAGGGGGGCACCUUCACUCUUUUUGGAUUUGUUUACUUUGGGACACUCUUAGAUGAUGGCCUAGGGUUCAAAGGAGCUGGGUAAAAAAAAAGAAAUCCACCUGGAUGCUUUUCCCACAAAGGUGGUUGGCUCCUCCCUGUCAUUCCAGUGACCUCAGAGAGGCCUCGAGGUUCACAAGCGUUGUCCUGCCCACCUGCUCUAUGUCCUGGCUGGCCACUUUCACUGUAACCUUGAUGUUUUUGACCCUCACGAGAAUGUAAGCUUCACAAGAGCAGAUUUAGAUCUUUCUCGUCUCUGGCUGGAGUGAAAAGUAGCCUGGCAUGUGGUAACUGCUUAAUAAAUAUUCAUGGAAAGAUGGA